CCCACCAGAAUCUUCAAUUCCAUGUGACCGUAAAGAUCAUAAGCUCAAACCUUCAAUAAUGGACUACACUCCUUCUUCAUCCUUCUUUCACUACCCGACUUCGGACUUGUCCGCCGACUCCUCAUCCUUCAACUCCUCGUCCGGCUUCUUCUCCCUCCCCUUCGACGAGAACGACUCCGAGGAGAUGCUCCUCUACGGGGUCCUAGCGGCUGCACCCGGGAUGGAUUACUCCGCCUAUGCAACCUCCUCGGCCUAUUCCCAUCCCCGGGAUGAGGAGGUAUGCUCGAAACCCGACUUUGACCCGGAGACUGCCCCGAAGGAGGUCAUCCAGUACAGGGGAGUGAGGAAGCGUCCGUGGGGAAAGUACGCCGCCGAGAUCCGGGACUCGACCCGGAACGGGGUCAGGGUCUGGAUUGGGACGUUCGACACGGCGGAGGAGGCUGCCCUGGCGUACGACCAGGCUGCAUUCGCCAUGAGGGGGUCGGCCGCGGUGCUGAACUUCCCUGUGGAAGUGGUGCACAGGUCGCUGCAGGACUUGGGCGGGGAUGAUCAGGGGCAAUGCGGCGACGUGGCGGGGAUGAGCGGCUGCGACUCCCCGGUGCUGGCCCUGAAGAAGCGGCACUUGCAGAAGAGGAAGUCGGAGAUUAAGAAGAAGAGGGAGAGGGAGCUGACGCCGAAGAAUGCGGUGGUCUUGGAAGAUCUUGGGGCCGCUUACCUCGAGGAGCUCCUCAAGAUAUCCGAGGAUCCCUCUCCCUGGUGAUCGCGUGAUAAUGCAUUAUACACGUCUCCGACUGUCGUCGGCAUCUUUCAAGAUUUUCCAACCGCAAGAUUCCCAGAGCACGUUAACAUCUCAUUUCUGCGUCGUAAAACAUAUUCAUUCGAUCCUAUAUCUGAUCAUUUGACCCGAUCGAUCAACUACAUUAAUAUUCGGUUCGAGUAUCAUCAGAAUUUUGAUUUCA